CUAAAACAUAAUACAGUGCAACCAAACCAAACCAACCACCCACAGAUAACAGUACAUACAAGCAAGCGUCGUCAGGGCAGGCAGCGGGUCAAUAUCAAUAGGGCAGGUAGGUACAGGGGGAGCAAGCGGAGAUUGGUCGGGGUCACAGGCCAGGUUCAGCAGGUAGCAAGCAGCGUGGUACAGAGGGUCAGGCAGAGGGAUGGUCAGGAGCGAGCCGGGAUCAGAGCAGGAGAAGUCAGCAGCGGUUCAGAAACAGGAUGCAGGACAGAAACAGGAUACAAGGCCCAGGACAAACACAACACCAAGGCAGAGUCUGUGGGUCUGGCC